AUGGCCCCCUCAAAAGAAAUCACAGAGCGCGCAGCUCUUACCUCCCGCGUUGUGCCCUCGAUGGUGUUCAGCGAUGGCAGCUCCUCAUCGAUGACACCUGCUCCCAGCCUUCCAAUCGAGAGCAACCCUGCAGUUGGAGCCCAGAAGCGCUUUUCCGUGCGGGGCAACGCAGUCGUUACCGGGGGCGCCGGCACCCUUGGGCUCCGAUCCUGCGACGCUCUCCUCGAGCACGGCCUUGAAGGCCUAAUGAUCUUCGACGUCAACCCUGCAAACGCACAAAAGGAAAUCGCUCAAAUGCAAUCCAAGUUCCCAAACGUGAAGAUUAGCACCCAGAAAGUCGACGUUACCGACGAAGAAGGCGUUCGCGUCGCGAUGGAAGAAACUGUUAAGCAACUUGGUUCGAUCGAUACGCUGGUUUCUUUUGUUGGUGUGGUAGGAUGUGUGGACAGUCUUGAGAUGCCUAUUGCGCAAUGGCGAAGAAUCCUCGAUAUCAAUACUACGGGUUCGUUUAUUUGCGCCCAGGCAGCGGCUCGGCAAAUGGUGAAGCAAGGGACGGGCGGCUCAAUUACAUUUGUGGCGUCGAUUUCUGCCCAUCGCGUGAACUAUCCUCAGCCUCAGGUUGCAUACAAUGUUAGCAAGUCUGCGCUUUUGAUGCUCAAAAGUUGUCUGGCGGCCGAGUGGGCUCGGUACGGCAUCCGCACGAACACCGUUAGUCCGGGGUAUAUGGAUACGAUUUUGAAUGAAGGCGAUGGAAUUGCUGAGCAUCGCCGCAUUUGGGCUGAGCGAAAUCCAAGUGGUAGAAUGGGAAGUCCUUCGGAACUAACAGGAACCAUUGUGCUACUUGCUAGCAGUGCUGGCUCUUAUAUAAAUGGUUCAGAUAUUGUUGUUGAUGGAGGCGCUGUUGUUUUAUAG